GUCCUCAGCCCCAAUAUCUGGGGAAAGCAGAGCCAGGCCACAGAGAGGGGCUGAGGGCUGUUCCCCUUCCUGUGAGGCUGCUGAAAAGGAAACCGCGUGACACGUAACACAGGGCCCAGGACUUGUCACACCCUGUGCAUGUCUGUCCUGCCAGGCCCUGUGGUCAUUAUAAUUCGUCUGGAGUGCUGGAAACCAUGCAAGGCAGUGCCACAGCCCUGACCCUCACCGCCUUUCUAUGUCUUGGACUGGGCCAGGGCCUGCGGAACCAGCUACAGACAGGGACCCUCCGCAAACCCUCCAUCUGGGCUAAUCCAGGCCCCAUCACCACCAUGGGGAGCUCUGUGACCAUCUGGUGUCGGGGGUCUCGGCAGGCUGAUGCCUACCGUCUGUAUAAAGAGCAAGACUCUCAAUACUGGGAUACGUGGCCACCACGGAACUCUGCGGAUAGGGCCAGUUUCUUCACCGAAUCCGUGGAUAUACACCAUGCAGGGCAGUUCCAGUGUGCAUAUCACAGCUCGAGUGGCUGGUCAGAGCUGAGCGACCCUCUGCUCCUUGUUGUGACAGGAGCCUACAGCAAACCCUCCCUCUCAGCCCAUCCAAGCCAUCUGGUGGUUUCAGGGGGGAACGUGUCCCUCUCCUGUAGCUCACAGAACAUAACGGACACUUUCCAUCUGCUCAAGGAGAGAGAAGCCUACCCCUCCCAACAGAGGAAAUCUGAGUUCUCUGUUGGGAGGCACCAGGCCACCUUUCCUGUGGGCCCUGUGAGCACCUCCCAUGGAGGCAUCUACAGAUGCUAUGGUUCUCUCAGAAACUACCCAUAUGUGUGGUCACAGCCCAGUGACUCUGUGGAUCUGACGGUCACAGGAACAUAUGAGAAACCCUCCCUCUCGGCCCAUCCUGGCCCCUCAGUGACCUCAGGAGAUAGCGUGACCCUGCAGUGUCGCUCAGACCAAUUUUUUGAUACAUUCCAUCUGUUUAAGGAGGGCUUGAUUGCCCCUCCCCAGCAACUGAGUUGGCAGAACAACACUGGGCCCUUUCAGACCAACUUCACCAUGAGUCCUGUGACCUCAGCCCAUGGAGGGACCUACAGGUGUUACAGCUCACAUAGAAUCUCCCCUUACCUGUUCUCACAACCCAGUGACCCCCUGGAGCUGGUGGUCUCAGCCUCACACCCAGAGACCACACCAAGAGCUGGAGGUUCCGAGAAUCAGCGCCACACACCCAGGGACUCAGACCCACCAAGGGGUCUCCCAGAGUACCUGAAAGUUCUGAUCGGAGACUUGGUGGCCCAUAUAAGUCUUCUCAUCUUCCUUCUCCUCUUCCUCUUCAAUCGAUGCCACCACGAUGGAAAAGGCAGGACCAGAAUGACAGAGCCCAAGGACAGAGGCCUACCAAAGAGGGAAGACUUCCCCAAAGACCCUGGGCCUCCCACCCUGCCUACAGUUCCCACUCAAUCACCCAACACUCCUCUCUUCUUCCCCAACUCCAGUCCAGCCACGGAGGACCAGGAAGAGAACAUUUGUGAGGAGAAGAGGAAGGGGUCACCCUGGGGGUCACAGAUGGGAACCUGCCCCCAAAAUGUUGAUGCUGCUGUGAAAGACAAACAGCCUGAGGAAGAAAUGGAGAUGGACAGUCAGCAGAGCCCUGAAGAAGAAAACCCUCAGGCAAGGGUGUAUGCCCAGGUGAACCACCACUCAGGACCUAGGUGGGGAGGGGCCAUCUCACCUUCAACCCUGUCUGGGGAGUUGCAAGACAUGAAGGACAAACAAUCAGGCCCUAAUUACCCAAAUGGCAAACCUGGAGGGCCUACUAUCUACUACCUGAAAAUGGAUUUCAAAAUGGAAUCUUCUGCGGGCUUCAUAUUUACUUGUUUGGGAACAGCAACCUAACAGUGUCAAAGUACCCAGAAGCGUGUCACUGCUUUGAAAGUGAGUUUUUAACUGACCUCAAAGUCACAGAGCCCCCAAACAGGGAACAUACUACAGAAGGCUGAAGGAGUUUCUAAAUUUCAGUAGUCUCUCCUCCAACUCCCUUUCUCCACUACACGAUGCAAUUUCUCAACAAGAGGAAAGGGGAAGCUGGUUUCCUCCUGACCAUGAGUGUUUUCAGAAACCCCCAAAAGCAGGGGAUAGGGAAGGAGGGUGUAGGUUUCCUUAAAUGUCACCUGCCAUCUCAGCCUAUGUCACUAGACAACAUAUUCACCAUUUUCCAUUUCACCAAAAUCACAUCUGUAAGACAGAAACCCAGGACCUUACCUGAUAAAAAAAAUAUCACACCUAAAAGCAGCAAGCUUUCAAACAGGGCUUCAAAUGGAUUCAUUCUGGUUCAACCCCCUGCUAAGAAUUUGCCUUUCCACCCCACAUAUACUGAAUCAGAAUCCACAUUUUAACACGAUCCUCAGGUGAUUCUUAUGAAUGCUCUUCCCAAAAUUUAGUAUAUAUGCUUUGGGAAAUGCUGCUUAAGGUGAGUUUUUCAUUUUAUGAUGCCUGAUAUUGUCUACUUUUAAUCAGUAAUGUAUGAGCGAAUCCAUUCAAGGCUCUGCUUUCAAAUCAGUCUAUAGAUGUUUUUCAAGUGCUACUAUCUAAAAACCACAACCAUUCACAGUUCAUCUUCUCCAGCAGCCAAGACUGGAGGGCUCAGCUCUGCUCUUACCUUACCCUGACUGAUCUCGUCCCAGAGACAGGGUAAGAUAGCUUGUAGUGCUUGGGAUGCCCUGACCUCCACUUGCUAUUCACUCUGCCUGGGAAUAAUCACUCCUCCCCCCAACCCCAUAAGCAAAUGGCUAACUCCUGAAGCUGUUCCUAUAACACUGUUGGUCAGCCUCUCUCCCUUUGAUGAUGGAAAUGCCUCGCAAAGGUGCCUAUUCUGCUCACAACUGCUGCAGUCCCUGCACCAAGCCUAAGAGGACAUGUAGUAGGCACUCAAGUAUCUGAGCCACAAAAGUGGUCAGGCCCCUUCUAUACACUCAGCCACACUCAAAAUGCAAGUACAAACAUGGGAAGAAAAAAUCUGGGUGCCUUUUCUUGUGAAACCUUGAUGCAAGCACAGCCCUCAAGUGGUUAGUUUUGAAGUGCCAUUUAUUAAUCUUAAUUGUAUGAUUACUGGCCUUUUCCAUUUAUCUAUAAUUUACCUAAGAUUGCAAGUCAGAAGUCAUCUUGCUACUAGUAUUUAGAAGCCAGCCAUGAUUACUGAUGCCCAACCUCUCUGUCCCACCAGGGCCCCUCAGACACUGCUCUCACAUUCCUCCUCUGUACUCCCACCUGACACACCAGGCACCAAUUCAAGGGAUUUAACUUCUUCCGUCCAGAAAAAGUUGGUGAACUUGUGAAUUAGGUUGUAACUACCUUAUAACUCAAAAGCAGCUACAGCAGUUCAUGGUUAGAGAACUGCGGCAAUGCAAGCCUGAUUCAGAAGAGGACAUGGAACCAGGGAUAUCAUUGCUGAUGUCAGAUGGAUCCCGGCUGAAAGCAGAAAAUACCAGAAAGAUGUUUACCUGGGCUUUAUUGACUAUUCAAAGGCAUUCAACUGUGUGGAUCAUAACAAAUUAUGGAUACCAUUGCCAAGGAGAUACCGCAUGGUUUAAAGUCAAGAAAGGUGUGUGUCAGGGUUGUAUCCUUUCACCAUACUUAUUCAAUCUGUAUACUGAGCAAAUAAUCCCACAAACUGGCUAUAAGAAGAACAGGGCAUCAGGAUUAGAGGAAGAUAGAUAACACAACCUUGUCUGCUGAAAGUGAAGAGGACUUGAAACACUCGAAGAUCAAAGACUACAGCCUUCAGCAUGGAUUACACCUCAACAUGAAGAAAACAAAAAUCCUCACAACUGGACCAAUAAGCAACAUCAUGAUAAAUGGAGAAAGGAUUGAAGUUGUCAAGAGUUUCAUUUUACUUGGAUCCACAAUCAACACCCAUGGAAGCAGCAGCCGAGAAAUCAAAUGACGUACCGCGUUGGCCAAAUCUGCCGCAAAAGACCUCUCUAAAGUGUGAAAAAGCAAAGAUGUCACUUUAAGGACUAAUGUGUGCCUGACCCAAACCACGAUGUUUUCAAUCCUCUCAUAUGGAUAUGAAAGCUGGACAAUGUAAGACCCAAGAAUUGACGCCUUUGAAUUGUGGUGUUGGUGAAGAGUACUGAAUAUACCAUGGACUGCCAAAACAAUGAACAAACCUGUCUUGGAAGAAGUACAACCAGAAUGCUCGUUAACAGCACACACUUUGGACAGGUCAUUAGGAGUAACCAGUCCCUGGAGAAGGACAGCAUGCUUGGUAGAGGGUCAGUGAAAAAGAGUAAGACCCUCAAUGAGAUGGAUUGACACAGUGCCUGCAACAAUGGACUCAAGCAUAAUGAUUCUGAGGAUGGCGCAGGAACGAGCAGUUUUUUGUUCUAUUGUACAUAGGGUUCUUAAGUCAACAUUAUAAUUAACAUAUCCUGCCUGUCAGUUACAAGAUACUCUGAUGAGUCACCACUUCAGAACUUUCCUACUAGAUAGGUUUCAUUGACAUAGUUGAACGGGUUUCCAUCUUUUUGAAAAUGUGCUCAGCCAGAAAGGCCCAAGUCCAUGCAGUUGUGGCAAAGUUACAGUUCUGUGGUUUCACAUUACCUUAUGGUAACUGUCACUAGUGCCACUUAAUGUAUGUUACCAAAAAUAAAUACAUCUACCCCAAAACUAGAUGUAUUUUUUGUAUAAUUGGAUUUCCUAAUACUGAUAUUUGUCAUCUACCCAUAAAUUGUAUUGAUUUUUUUAAAAAAGAAAAUGUGAAAAAAAAAGUCAGAUGGAAAAGACCUUAAAAAAAAAAAAAUGGAAG